UCUGCGCGCUCGACGUGAGCGAUACGAGCCGCUGUGACAGGAAAUAACCUCGAUGAUGGAAAGUUCUUCUUUUCAGCCAAGUGUGAGGAGGACGACGAUGAAGAUGGCAUCGGUUUCUGUCGUCUCGGCGUUUCUGCUCUGCUGCUCCGCCGUCGCCUCCCAAGGUUGUGACUUGUACGCUGCAACGGGUCGAAGCAUCAAUGUUCGUCUGGGAUACAAACUGAAAUCUGACGAUUCUCUGAAGUGGAAGUUUAAAGACCAAACAAUAUUUCAUAAAAAAUCGUCACAUAUAAUUGCCGGUAAAACUUCUGACAUUGAUGAAGAUGGAUCCCUCAAACUGACUAAUCUGAAGAAGGACCAAGAAGGAGUUUACACCCCUGAGGUUCACAAUAACAAUGGAAAAGCACAGAAAACGGUGACAACACACUUAUGUAUACGAGAUCCUGUGAAGAAGCCUGCAGUGGAAGCAAAAUGUGAUGAUAAAAACGUGAUCUUUCAAUGCAUUCCUGAUAAGGCAUCCAAGCAUGUUAUCAAAAAGUACGAAUGGCUUCGGAACAAUGUCCAGACGAAGACAACGGUUCUGACUUUUAAGUUGACAGCCGCAGAAACUAAAAACAUCAAAUUUGCUUGCAACAUUUCCAAUGAAGUCAGUUUUGAAAUCAGCGAGCCUGUCACUCAUAAUUGUGCUAAAAUAGGUAUCCCAGGUCUCCCAGAAGAAGUGUUAGGAAUAAAUAUCUGGGUUUUUGUAGGUGGAGGAGGAGGUAUCGUUAUAUUGCUGAUCAUCACUGUCAUUCUUUGCUGCGUCCGAACUAAGCGGACAAGGAAACUACGCCUGAAGGAUGAGGAGGAGCUCCGUUUGGAGUGGACCAACACCAGUCACCAUCCCAAUCAUCCGCCUCUUCCUAACCAUCCUCCUCCUCAUCAUCCCAACCGUCACCAUCAUCAGCAGCACCAGCACCAGCACCACCACCAGCAGCAGCAGCAGCAGCAGCAGCAGCAGCAGCAAGAGCAGCAACAGGCACCGGGCAACACCGGCCCUCGACAGAGCCGCACCAAGCAAAACCGCCAACCUCGAGCCCGAGCCCCUGAACCCAACAGCCAACCUCAGCCCAGCCCCCGAAGAACCGGGCAGGCACAGAAACCUGCCAGUGACGCCGAUGACGAGCAGCCUCCUCCUCUUCCUCAGCCCAGGAAGAAAGGAAACAAACCUCAACUAGAUUAAAAAUCAUCUGAGAUAAAGUUAGACACAGAAGUUUUAUUCCUCCUGAUUUUCUGGGCUGCUCCACUUUAAUGUUUAUUUUUUUGUGUGUGUGUGUGUGUGUAGGUGUGUGUGGGUGUGUGUUUGUGUGCGUGUGUGUGUGGGUGGUGGGUGUGUGUGUGUGUUCAAACUAAAAAAACUUCAGCCCGUGCAGAUUAACAAACUACAACCUGCGAUAUCGUUGAAAAGCUUUAACGCUGAACUCAAACUAAACAUGUUCAAACUCUUUCUGACUUCUGUUAAAAUGUCACUUUUGAUAUUUUCUAUAGAUGAUAAAUCAAGUUGAGUAUCAAGUUUCCCAUAUAUUGAUGGGAACUUCCGGUCAGCUGGCUGAAAGACAGCCAGCUGUUCCUCGACAAACUUUACUGUUUCACUUCAAGGCACUUAUGAAAUAAGAGUUAAAUACUUAUCUAGUUAGUUUUUAAUUAUUCAGCAAUUUCCUACAGUUAGUGCUGUUUUCAUACAACAGCUAGCAUGUAAAGCAAUGACUCAUCGAGACUAAAAAUGUCCUUUCAAUGUGUGGUUACUAAGACCACACAUUGCCAAGCAUCAGUAUUCUCUCAUUAAUGAGAAAAUACCGAGAUAGAUGCACCGAAAGACAAACUUAAAUCUCUGAGCCUUCGAUUUCAGAACUUGAUCUGAAAUUGAUCAAAUUCAGUCUUGAAUUUGAAAACAAGCCCAGUUUGGAUUGAUCUGACUGAAAAAUAACGCUGAUGGGAUUUUCUUUUUACAUAAUUAAAAUCUGUGUGGCUGAUCAUGUCGUUUUUGUUUGUUUUGUUUAAAUGUUUCAAAGCCAGGAGAAUCUCAUGCCGGCCUAUAUCUAUGUAUAUUUUUAACUUUUUUUAUUUUCUAAGCGAAAAUGAAAACAGAACUUGCUAGGCACAGAUUGAAGUGGGAGAUGUAUUCUGUGGACACAUGUUUCAGUUGCUGCAUCAAACUAUUUGAGAGUUUCUUUGUAUGUGUGUAAAAAAAAAAGAAAUGUUGUCAUGUAACUAAUGAAUUCUGUUUACUUUAAGACAAACUCCUCUCAGUCCAAAAAAUACUAACACGGAGCGCAUCGUGUGUUUAAUUUGCAAAUGGUGGUCAACAGUAGAGAUAGGCGGCUAAAAUCACUCAAUGGUAUGUGAAAAUUUGGAAGUGUCAACUUUUAAAAAAACAAAAAAAACAAAACCCUUUAUCAUUUUUUCUCUUUUUUUUUUUACCAUAUAUUCUAGGAAAGCAAAUGUUGCAUUUGAAAACUUGCGAUGCGUUUCUUGUUUCGAGGAAAUUGUUCUGGGAUGCCUGGAGGAUCCAGGUUAUUGGUGCGCUUCCAUUUAGCCAACUAUCUAACUUUAGUUUAACUUUGUCUUUGUCUGCUUCUGUUUUCUAUUUAAAUGUCGCUUGUGGUGCACAUUAAGGUACGUUAAGGUUGUUCCGAAUUUUCCCAAGUGAUUAUCUGAUGAUAAAGGCAAGUGACCUUUCUUGUAUUUUUGUUAUAUACAAAAAACAAAAGGAUCUCAACCUCCAUUAUUUAUCUUUAUUGUCUUUGUUCCAUCAUUGCAAUGCUGUAAUGUUUUGUUCUAUUUGUAAUUUUAAAAGUACAAAAAUAAAUAAAAAAAUAUGUAGCAUGGUA